AUGUGUUCCGAGUACUCCCUGUUGUCGCAGGAGUCCAUCGUGGUAGACCUCAGUAUUCAAAACCCUCGCCUCUCCAAUGCACUUCACUGCUACCCCACUAGCACCUCUCCAUCCUCUCCCGAUUCGGACCGGCUGCCCUUCUACCAACGAACCAACGCAGCACGCGCGCUUGAGGACGCCGAAGAUAUGACUGACGAGGAGCAAGAGCAGUCGCUCAUCCAACCUCUCAUCGACGCUCACAACCGCAGCUCUGAUGAGCCCUUGAGGCUCAAGACCACCUGCGCGACCACCGCUUUGCCUCAAAGAGUCCCGGUGCCUUACCGCACCCACAGGCCGCAGCACUCGCAGACGGUAACCAUCCUGGACGAGUCCGAGUCCGAGCAAAGCAAGCCCUUUGUCAGCCAGCAGCUGACGAUGAGCCAGUUCGAUCUCCAGCAAACUAGGAACUUUGAGCAGCGUGCCAAACUUCGGCAGCAGGCCUUGGAAGCCCACAACAGUGACUCUAACAAUACCCUCGGCAUCCUAGACAAAGUAUGCAAGUGGUCGCGCUACUCUAAACGUGCUCAGAAACGUCCUCAGAGGACCCCCUCUGCCCGGAGUGCCUCCUCUGUCCGGCGCGCCCCCUCGCUUUCCAAGCGCAAGGACUUCUCUAACAAAAGCGAAAUGGCGUCUUUCGCGAGUUCAGGAAAUUUCAUCUUCCACCGUGGAUUCUCGUUGCGCCGCGCGCCGGGCUUGCCCCCAAGAUACAAGUACCGGUCUCGCGCCGAGCUGGCUUCUGCUAUGGACUAUGUGGCGCCGGAAAGCACUCCCGUUACAGACUUCACGACGUCACAGCACUUUCUGACGAUGCAAUUGAAACCUCCUGCGUUCUGGCAGGUGCUGCGGCUUCAUCCGAAGUUUACGUACAAAUUCGUUUCGGCUGGCUCUUUAUAUAGACAGAGCUUGAACUCUCAGAAGGGCUUACACAGGAACAGCAUACGCCGGCCCUCCCCCCUACCUCAGCGGGUGCGGACGCUACGAAGGUCAAAAUCUGUGCCAGGCUCCCGCAAGAACAUUACUCUUCAACUACAAAACCCUCAACUCUACGAUGUAUGGAGACACUACGUUAUGAGUGUUGUUCUUCAGCGGAUCCAGUUUCGGAUGUAUCUCGUCAACAGCUCCAACUCAGAUAAAGUGUCGACUUCAGAAAGCGAUGCCAGCCAGCCAUUAUCGAGGUGCUCUAGCUUAGCGCUUCAAGCUUCCUGGAUUAACGAUUUUGGCGCGAGAAACACUCGAGGCGAUGACACUUACGCAGGCUCUUGUAAGGACGAGGCAAGCUCAAUUUCAAGCUCGGGAAGGCAUCAGGGCAUACGUAGACUAAGGCUGGUCUCUUAA